AUAACGUUAACUCGCCCGAGUGUAGGGAUAGAGGUUUAUGUGUUUAUUGCACUACUACGGAGCCCCAAAACUUGCAAAAGCCUAACAGUUUUUAAUGUGAUCGAUACACGACCGCGCUAUCUGUGCUAGUCGGCUUGGCGCGGAACUGUACAUCGGCACAUCGGCUGUACAUUUAUGUACCACGGGACGGCGACGUGUUAAGUUCUACUACACAACAUGUCAUACAAGUUUUCUCGUAUCGUGGCGUCUGGCGCAAUACCCUUUGAGCGGAGUGGUCACAGCCUGGAGGUCAUAGGAGACAAGGUGUAUGUGUUUGGAGGGGAGCACACACCCCGGGUCCCCGUGGGAAACACCAUCAACUGCCUUGACCUGGAGGUCAAACACUGGUCGAAAGUUCUACCGGACGGGACCCCGCCCAUCCCCCGCACGGGGAGUAGCUCCACAACGAUCGGUAUCCGGUUAUACAUAUUCGGAGGUCGAACGGGACUCCAGCUUGGAGGGACCGUGUUGAACGAUUUACACGUGCUAGACUUGAAGGCCAACACGUGGCAUCAAGUGAGAACAAAUGGAAAUCCACCCCUACCUCGUUACCUCCAUUCCAUGAUCGCUAUUGGCAAUACCAUUUACGUGUUUGGCGGUUGUAGUGAGUUUGGACGUUUGAAUGACUUGUACAGUUUCGACACCGUGUCCAAUACGUGGACAAAGUUAGCAACGUCAAACGAAAUCAAAGGUAGAACUGGGGCUGGGUUUCUUGCUAUAGAUGACAGUGUUUACGUCAUUGGUGGAUUGUGCGGUGGCAAGAACUUGCAGGACAUGUUCAGGUUUGACGUGCAAUCUGGGCAGUGGGCCGUGGUGGAUGCACACCCGCCAUUGCCAUCACUAGCAUUCUUCGGAGUUUCAGCCAUUGGCAAAAAUAUCUUUGUAUUUUUUGGCCAGACUGACCAGUCCAGUCAAAGUAAUAACGGUCUGAGCGAAUUCACCAGGGACGUGUAUGUGUAUAACACGGAAACCGGUGGGGGCUGGACGAAAGUCUCCCUGGGUGGUGAAAUCAUUCCGCCGGCCCGAGGGUGGUUUCCAGCGGCAACCUGUGGGCAGAGGAUCGUGCUAUUCGGGGGCCAGGGACUAGACCACGGCAAACUUGACGAUACCUACGUUUUCUCACGAGUUUAAAACAUAUCACGUGAUCAAACUAUUGCUUUAGUUCUUUUUUCAAUGUUUUCACCGAAAAGUUGCAUUAUGCAAACGUUCUUGAAGAAAAGUUGCAUUUUGCCAAUGUUAUUUCAUUCUCUCUAUCUUGAAUGUUUGUAAUAUUAAUAAUAAAUGUUUUGCCUUUUGACAAAAAUAUAAAUAAAAGGUUUUAUUUUUAUAAUUUUCGUAAAUUAUAGCUGUUAGACUAUAUUUUUAAUAUUUUACGAAGUAGUUUAGAUUAUUUCAUUUUGAUAUCCACUGAUAUGUACAACUAUUGAUAGUGAUAGCCGGCUUUUAGUUUUGUUACAAGUUAAUGCUAUUAAUAAUUAGUUUACCAUUGGAACUGAACACUAGAAGAAACGAAUCAGACUUUUACGUUUAAUGGUAAAGCUAUCCAAUUUCUGUACCGCUGCAUCUGUCUACCAAAUAUUUCAUUGUCUUUGAAUUACAAUGUGUAUAUUAUAAGCUUCAGAUAUU